GAAAGAAAACCAUGUCCGGUGUUUGGGUGUUCAAGAAGAAUGGCGUGGUUAGGCUCGUGGAGAACCCGGGUGCUGGCUCCAUGCAAGGUGCAUCUCGUGGCAAGGUACUGGUGCACCUCCCGACCAACGAAGUCGUGACUUCUUACGAGGUUCUUGAAAGAAUGUUGACGUCUCUUGGAUGGGAACGGUACUAUGAUGAUCCCGACCUUUUCCAGUUUCAUAAACGAUCCACCAUUCAUCUCAUUUCUCUCCCGAAAAACUUCAAGAAACUCAAGUCCAUGCAUAUGUAUGAUAUUGUGGUCAAGACUCGAAAUGUCUUUGAAGUACGGGAUUCAUAA